AACUUCCGGUGAAAGGGGAGAAGGCAGCGUCUCACACGAUUACUCCGACCAGGCCCCGUCGUUACUCACCCGUUGGUAGUUGAACGGGGGAUUUUGUUAAUAGCCAUGGCCCUGUGAUUGACAACAAGUGGCCGAAUCAACUUUUCAGGAAACUAGGUGACGUCCCCGUAGACGCUGCCUUGACUCGACGCCACAUCGCCGGAGCCACAGGUUAAACGUUACCCCGCGACUUGCCAGCUAGUUAGCUAGGUAAAGACGCAGCUAGCUUUUCGCCAACCAAGCACCUCUAAAUUAGAUCCUGGUGUCUGUUUCAAGAUGUCAACCGCGGGGUUCAACUCUCAGAAUGGGACUGGGACGGGACAGACGUACGCGAACGGUCCAUCACAGAAUCCUGUUGCCCUGCAGCAGCUGCCAGGGGUCAGUUAUGGCAUGACUCACCAACCAAGCUACAACCCCAUGCCGGCCAAAGCUCCCCCACCCACUGGUCCUGGACUCUAUCCCUCUGCACCAUACCAGCCUGUUCCCCCAGUCAGCUCCUAUCAGCCAGGCCCACAAAUCACUUCCUACCCAUCCUCUCCGGGCCAGCCGCUGUUGCCCAGGCCUCCAUUGAGUGGUCCUCCUUCCCAUACCCCUCCUCAGUCUGCCAGCCCCAGCCCUGGUCCCAGGAUGCCCCCUGCACAGGCCACACCCCCUCCUCCUGCCGUGUCUUCGAGUAGCUACUAUCCAAGCCCUCAGCAGCCCAUGGCUCCCGCUUGGCAGUACAACACAGCUCCCCCGCCAAUGGGGCCUCCCACUUCCAUUAGCACGCCUCCCCGCGGCCCUGUGGCAAAUCAUGUGAAUCCAGCUGCAAGCUUAGCAGAGCCGCUACCACCUUCAUUGGCACCUUAUAGCACCGCACCACCACCCCGCGUGUCCCAGAGCGUCACCCAACCCCCAGGCCCAGGGAUGCCCCCCACCUCAAUGCUUGGAUACACUCAGCCAGGCACUGCACCUCCACCAAUGAAUCCCAUGGUUCCCAACACAUACCAACCAGGCAGACCUGCAUACGGGCCUCCACCUACUGGCCCGUCACCCAUAGGCCCACCACCAAUCAUGAAACCCACACCGCCUCCCACUGGAACCCCAGUGGCCAAUACCACACCUCCACCACCCAAAGGAGAUGCUCAGUGUGGGGGGGCUGUUAACAGCACUGUCCCCCCUACUGAGUCCGACGGCCAGGAGGGGGAUAUUGAAUGUCCAGGAGCUGUGGCUGGAAAUGGCCCACAAGCAUCAAACAGCUAUAAUCAUGUUGACAACAAAAUGGCCGGCCUCGCUCAGCCUGGACCGCCUGGUCGGCACUUGGGCCAUUACCCUUCCCUGCCCCCCGGGUACCAGAACGCCUCGGCCCCCCAUGGCACCUCCUCAAUGCACCCUGCGAUGCAAGCCGCCAUGCAGCCUUACACUCAAGCACCUCAGCCAUACCAGCAGCCACCUGGUGGCCCAGGCCCGGCCCAGCUGAGCCCAUCUUUGGCAGCCAUGAGCCUCCAGUCCAGCACCCCCGAGGCCCUGAGAGUGGUCAACCUGCUGCAGGAGAGGAACUUGCUGCCACCCACCCCAGUCCCUGCCCCGACACCCUGCCUCCCCCAGGACCUGCAGAAGAUAAACUGCAACCCGGAGGUUUUCCGUUGCACACUGACCAGCAUCCCUCAGACUCAGUCUCUGCUCAACAAAGCCAAGAUGCCGCUGGGCCUGCUGCUCCACCCCUUCAAAGACCUCUCGCAACUUCCCGUGGUGACAUCCAGCACCAUUGUCAGGUGUCGGUCCUGCAGAACCUACAUCAACCCCUUCGUCUCUUUCCUGGACCAGAGGAGGUGGAAGUGCAACCUGUGCUAUCGGGUCAACGAUGUUCCAGAGGAGUUCAUGUACAACCCAGUCAGCAGAUCAUACGGAGAACCACACAAAAGGCCCGAGGUCCAGAACGCUACCAUUGAGUUCAUUGCUCCUUCAGAAUACAUGCUGAGGCCACCACAGCCGGCCGUUUACCUCUUCGUUCUGGACGUAUCCCACAACGCAGUGGAGACGGGCUACUUGAAUGUGUUCUGUCAGUCACUGCUGGACAACAUCAAUGCGCUUCCUGGAGACUCCAGGACAAAGGUAGGCUUCAUCACCUUCGACAGCACCAUCCACUUCUACAACCUCCAGGAGGGACUUUCUCAGCCUCAGAUGCUCAUCGUGUCUGACAUCGAAGAUAUCUUUUUACCAACACCAGACAGCCUUCUAGUAAACCUCAAUGAAUGCAAGGAGCUUGUGCAGGAUCUGCUGAAGAGCCUGCCAACUUUAUUUGGGAAGACGAUGGAGACCCAGUCAGCCCUGGGUUCAGCUCUGCAGGCAGCCUUCAAGCUGCUGUCGCCCACUGGAGGACGCAUGUCUGUCUUCCAGACCCAGCUGCCCAACCUCGGUGUGGGGGCGCUACAGUCCAGAGAGGACCCCAACCAGCGGGCAUCUGCCAAGGACAUCCAGCAUUUAUCUCCAGCGACAGACUUCUACAAGAAGCUGGCUCUGGACUGCUCAGGCCAGCAGGUGGCUGUUGACCUGUUCCUGCUCAGCGCUCAGUACUGUGACUUGGCAUCGCUCGGCUGCAUAUCCAGAUACUCGGCAGGGAGCGUUUACUACUAUCCCUCCUACCACCACCAGCACAGCCCGGCUCAGGUGGAACGCUUCCAGAAGGAUCUGAAGAGAUAUUUAACCAGGAAAAUUGGCUUUGAGGCUGUCAUGAGGAUACGCUGCACCAAAGGUCUGUCCAUCCAUACGUUCCACGGAAACUUCUUCGUCCGCUCCACAGAUCUGUUGUCCCUCCCCAACGUCAACCCGGACGCCGGCUUCGCAGUUCAAAUGUCCAUCGAGGACAACCUGGACGACAUGCAGGUCGUCUCUUUCCAGGCUGCUCUGCUUUACACCUCCAGCAAAGGAGAGCGGAGGAUCCGGGUGCACACUUUGUGUCUCCCUGUGGUCAGUUCUCUGUCGGAUAUCUUUUCCGGGGCUGAUGUUCAAGCCAUGACUGGACUGUUGGCCUGCAUGGCUGUGGACCGUUCGGUAACAGCCAGUCUGAGUGAUGCCAGAGAUGCGAUGACCAACGCCGCCAUCGACUCGCUGACGUCUUACCGGCAGUCUGUGUUGACCAUCCAGCAGCCCGGCCUGCUGGCUCCGGCCUGCCUCAGACUCUUCCCGCUCUACAUCCUCGCCCUGCUCAAACAGAAAGCCUUCAGGACAGGCACCAGCACCAGGCUGGAUGACCGAGUGUUUGCCAUGUGUCAGCUGAAGUACCAGCCGCUGUUCUACGCCAUGCUGAUGAUCCAUCCUGCUCUGUACCGCGUCGACGAUCUGACCGAUGAGGGAGCUUUGAACAUCAACGAGCGGACCAUCCCACAGCCCAGAGUGCUGCAGCUGUCUGUGGAGAAGCUCAGCAGGGAGGGAGCUUUCCUCAUGGACACUGGAACCGUGAUGUAUCUGUGGAUCGGAAGAAACUGCCAUCCCAACUUCCUCACACAAGUCCUGGGAGUUCCAAACUACGCUGCCGUGCCUGAAAACCUGUAUCUGCUCCCAGAACUGGACACUGCAGAGUCACAGAGAACCAGAGCUUUUGUUGGCUGGCUGAGGGAUCAGAGGCCGUUCUACCCCUCACUGCACGUCAUCAGGGACGAGAGCCAGCUGAAAGCCAACUUUAUGCAGAACAUGAUCGAGGACCGGACGGCGUCGGCCCUGUCGUACUACGAGUUCCUCCUCCACCUCCAACAGCAAAUCUCCAAAUAAAGCCCACUAGUGGGACUGUGGAGACGAGGAAACAUUUAAGAGAGGAUCGGCGUACGUGUGUGCGUAUAUAUGUAUAUGGGGUGUGUGUAUGAAUGAGUGUGUGCGCGCGUGGAAACAGCAAGAAGCAAACUCAGGAACGCUUCUUGCUCCAUCUGCAGCUGUGGUUCACCGUAUCUCCGAGGAAAACCUGAGCCGAAACCGACACAAGGCAUCGGCCGAACCAAAUUAUACGACGGACAGAGUGAAGAGUCGAUCAUUUGACACUUUUUACCCAGCUGAAAUUAAGCGUUAGAGGGAGAAAAAAAGCAAGAAAUGUGUGAUUAACUAUGGCAAUGAUCGUGCAAAUCAGUGUUUAUUCUCACAGAACAAUGCUGUCUAACCGAGGUAUGGUUCAGAUACAGUACAGGAGAGCAGAAGUGUUUUUCGUUCAGAAAGCACAGUCGUCUUUACUAACACAAGUCCAGCGUAUGUAUGUAUGUAUGUGUGAUUACGAGGAAGGCUAGUGCUCAAAGACUGUUUUUGGGUGUUCCUUGGAGUAUUUGUAUACACCUGAGCUCUAACAACACUCUAAUAUUGUACCUGAAGGACAGAGCGUUUGCUUUUUAUUUGACCGUCAUUAUAUUUGUGUGUUGAACAAAUCUGUAGACUGUUGUGAAAUUUUAACUUAGAAGGCGGAUUGUUCUCGCUGUCCUCGCUGCCUCGAAUGUGUGGAUUUGGCAGCGACAAGUCGUUUCAUAGAUCUGAUCUGUCCUUCAGAAAUUCUCGUCAUCUUUUCCCUCUCUGGACAUUUAGAACACCUCCGACGCUGUUCUGUUUGUUUAUUUUUUUUUUUCAGAUUGUUUAAUUUAUGAGACUCCCAAUCUGAUUAAAUUCUGUAAUUGCCUUGUAUGGGAACUCACUUUUUAUUAUUAAACCUCUGUUUAAAUACAGACUCUAUAUAUGAAAUAUUUUAAUAUAAUAGGAUAUGGGAAAUUCUUUAACACAGACGUAACGAAGCCAUUGUGAUCUUUUAAUCAUACUUAUUGAUACUUGUAUAUUGAAAAGACUGCAUUAUAUAAAGGUAAAGAAAUGCUGAUGAUUUUAGUAUAAACAAUAAGGUGAAAUGACGCUAAGAAAAUAAAAUGUUUGGGACUUUUUAAA